AUGGCGGAUGAUAGCGUCCAAGAAAUAACCAGCCCUCAAAUGUAUUUAUUUGGUGAGCACGUCUGUACUGCCAAGUUUAAUUUUAGUGCACAAUUAGUAAUAACAGACAUCUGUCCUUCGUUAUAUAGCUAGCUAGCUAUAGCUGUCCCAAAACACACCACAUUUAUCUAGCUAGCUAACGUUAAGCUAGGUAAUGCGCUUCUCGCGCCAAUUCAGCAAACCCCUCUUUUGUUUACCUUUUAGCAAGCUAGCAGGCUAACUAGAUUAAUUUGUUAUCAAUGAUAAUGUUAUAUUUACGUUUUCAAUUGUAGAACGCCUACAGCUAUUUGUUUAGAGUUUGCUAACCUAUGUGUUGUCAACUUUAGGUUGUACACUCAAAUCGGACAGAAAGGAGUUCAAAGUUGUGGUGGAGGACGAUGAUGCGGAUCAUCAGCUGUCACUCAAAGCAGUAAGAUCAUCACGAUGCCAAUUCUGAGCUCGAGCUUGUGUUAGACAAGAGCAGCGUUUCCCAAACUCGGUGCACGUUAUGGUUUUUGCCCUAACACUACACAGCUGAUUCAAACUAUCAAAGCUUAAUGAUUAGUCGAUUAUUCGAAUCAGCUGUGUAGUGCUAGGGCAAAAAACAAAACGUGCACCCCAUGGGGUCCCGAGGACCGGGUUUGAGAAACCCAGGACUAGAGAAUAUUAUAACAUUGUACUUGGCCAAAGGUUAAUAAUUUCGUUUUAAAACAAUAAAAAUGUCCUGACAAAUGAUGCAUGCAAUAAAAAUGUCCAUCGGAAUUAGGUCCUGACAACUGAUGUAUUUCAGUUAAACAACAUUGAGAGAGUUUCUGUAAUUGUAAUGAUAUAGCUAUAUGUUUUUAUAUAUUCUUCAUCAAUUCCUUUUAUUUGUACACCUUCUGCAGUAUAUUUAUCUUUGCACCUGUGCAGAAUGUGCACCUGUUAGAGAAACAUUUAAGACAAAUACAAUGACAACUUCUAUUUUAUGUCAUUGCAUAUCCAGUCUCUAUUUCACCUGAUGUUUACUUUUUGUUUGUGUAACGCCAUGCCACAAUACCAAGUUCACCUAUGUCAACAUUAUAAAUGAGUCACAGUUCUUUGAAGUAUAUUUAAAGGAAUAACAUUUUAGUCAACAAUGUGUUUUCUUAUACUAACCUUCUGAUCCUUUUCCUACCAUUGCAAAUGACUCAGUCCCUAUCCUCUAAAUGAAUAUCCUCAUUGUAACAUUCUUUCAGUCGCUCUCCCUUUUUGCCACCAAGUAGAGAUGAUGAUUGACAGAGAAAUUAGGGAGACGGUAGGUUGUUGGCGUGUUCCAACAUGGCUAAACAUACAGUAUCAUAUCUGUGAAACAGCUGUGUGUGUGUUGGUGUUGCAGGUGUGCCUGGGCACUGAGGCCGAGGAUAAGUUUCACACGGUGGAGAUCGAGGGCGUCACAUACGACGGAAAGACCACCAAAAUUCCACUGGCUGUGCUGAAGCCGUCCGUGCUGCCCUCUGUGAGUGUUUUAGAAUUAUGUGCUGUUACUCACCUGAAACUUAUUUUAACCCUGUCCCUUAUUCCACUUUUGUAAUAGUGGAAAACACUCAACUCCAUUACCAUGCAAUUACUAAGCAAUUACUCAAAUAACAUGUGUUGUUACUAUAGUAAUUACAGUGUUACUAAUUCACAGGUCUACACAGAUGCUACAGCUAUAUUUGGCCAUGACCCAAGCCACAACACUGGGCUGGAUGCAAUGAGCCACACAACCCAUUUCCAGUGUAUUGCACAUCUUUGAUUUUGCACACGCUACAUUGGUGGCUCUAGAGACAGCUACUUACGCUUGUUAAUGACUCUGAAGCAGACCAUGAGCGGCUAUGUCUCCAUGAUGUCAGGCUUGUUGCUCCUAAAGUAAUCCAGUUUCCACCUAUUAAAUGGAAAAUAUGAUUGCCGCCCUGAUCCAGAGAUCCAGAGAACACUGUCACCAUUGCUUGCUCUUUGGGGAUUUAGGCUGGGUAUCUGUAUAAGCAAUUGUGUGACAACUGCUGAUGUAAAAAGGGCUUUAUAAAAUACAUUUGAUUGAUUGAUUGUCUCUGUUUAUGACCUCCAUUGUUUAAAUAUGCUUGGCUUGUUGCCUUCUGCAUAGCUCGGGCCAAUGAUACAAGCUAGUGUGUAUUUUGGUUCUGGUUCAGGGCUUGAAAACACUAGCUGUGAGUGGAUAAUUGUGUUAUUUAUGGAAGUUAUCACUACCUGAACACUUUUACAGUAGUUAUUCUAACACAUACAUCUGUGUUUUGUUUGGUUGCCAUUGCAACCAGAACAAUGGCCUGGCAGUUAGGAAUUCACAUUGACAACUGUCUGGCAGCACCCACUUCUUUUAUGUUUAGCAAGCAGAUACAAGUGAAUAUAUGUUUUGAUUUUGAUAAGAUAGUAAUAGAUAAUUUGAUACAACACCUUUGCUUGCAGGUCUGUGGGAUCCACCCUCCCUCCCCCAAGUUGAAUGUACAUUCUGUAAAUGUAAUUUGUGACGUUGAACAUCUAUGGAGUUUUGGUUGAAUUUUUUACAUUUACAUUUUAGUCAUUUAGCAGACGCUCUUAUCCAGAGCGACUUACAGGAGCAAUUAGGGUUAAGUGCCUUGCUCAAGGGCACAUCGACAGAUUUUUCACCUAGUCGGCUCUGGGAUUAGAACCAGUGACCUUUCGGUUACUGGCACAACGCUCUUAACCACUAAGCUACCUGCCGCCAUUUCCAACCAAUGUUUUGAUGGUGUCAACCUCUCAUCGAAUGUGAAACAAUUGUUUGAAAUAUUGACUUGCUUAUUUUAUUCCUAAUUUUGGCAGAUGAGUUUAGGAGGGUUUGAGAUCACCCCUCCAGUAACCUUCCGCCUCCAGUCUGGCUGUGGACCAGUAUACAUCAGUGGACAGCAUUUUGUCAGUGAGUGACUUUUCAUUUGCAGUCUGCUGAUUUAGUUGUUUGUAUACUCUCUUUGGGCUAGAUAUAAGGUGACAUUUUGACAGUACAAGACAGCAGCACUGAAUUAAUUAUUUCCACUUUGCAAAAGAGGUGUAACCUAAUCUCAAUUUGUAGAUGUGAAGGACUCUGAUGACGAAGAGGAGGAAAACAACUCAUCACCUGUGAAGAGGCCGUUAAGCUUGACCUCGGGGAAGCGUCCUGCUCCGGUAUGUUUUUCUUGCUGUUUACUUCGCUCAUACAAGAGGGACAUAACUUAAUUAUUGGACUGGAUUCAGCUGCAUACAGUUAGGUCCAAAAUUAUUUGCACCCUUGAUAAAGAUGAGCAGAAAAAUACUAUAAAAUGAAGAAUACAAAUACUGAGCUAUACAAAUACAGUAUUCUUUAAAAAAUUCAACAAAAAAAAGGGAAAUUAUAUUAUUUUAUAUUAAUGCUCAGAGAAAUACAUUUUGUUCAACAAAUAAUAUAUAUAUUUUUAAUGAUAGUGGUCAAAAUUAUUGGCACCCCUGUUUUCAAUACCUUUCGAUACUUUACCUUGCGAGGAUAACAUCACUGAGACUUUUUCUAAAAGGUUUUAUGAGAUUGGAGAACAUAUUUGGAAAAGUCUUAGAGCAUUCCUCCACACAGAAUCUUUCCAGAUCCUUGAUUAAGUUCAUGAUACCGUUGACCUUAAGAAGGGCCCCAGGACCAGUGGAAGCAAAAUAGCCCCAUAACAUCAAAGAUCCACCACCAUAUUUUACAGUAGGUAUGGGGUUCUUUUCUGCAAAUGCAUCGUUCUUUCAACGCCAAACCCACCUCUGGUGUGCGUGGCCAAAGAGCUCUAUUUUCAUGUCAUCUGACCGUAGCACCGGUUCCAAUCCAAGUGUCAAUGCCAUUUAGCAAACUCCAGACGUUUUACAUCAAAUCAAAUUCCAUUAUUCGCAUACACAUGUUUAGCAGAUGUUAUUGCGGGUGUAGCAAAAUGCUUGUGUUCCUAGCUCCAACAGUGCAGUAAUAUCUAACAAUACACACAAAUCUAAAAGUAAAAGAAUGGAAUUAAGAAAUAUAAAAAUAUUAGGACGAGCAAUGUCGAAGUCCAGAGUAUAAAUAUAUACAGUAUAUAUGUGAUGGGAUGUAUAGACAUGAUGGACAGUGUGGAUAGGAUAUAUAGUAUAUCUGAAGAAUACGUGGAUAGAAUAGUAUAUGUACAGCAAUAGUUGAAUAGGAUGGACCUUGACUAGAAUACAGUAUAUACAUAUGAAAUGGGUAAAACAGUAUGUAAACAUUAUUAAAGGGACCAGUGUUCCAUUAUUAAAGUGACCAGUGUUCGAUGUCUAUGUACAUAGGGCAGCAGCCUCUAAUGUGCAGGGAUGAGUAACCGGGUGGUAGCCGGCUAGUGACAGUGACUAAGUUCAGGGCAGGGUACUGGGUGGAGGCCGGCUAGUGAUGGCUAUUUAACAGUCUGAUGGCCUUGAGAUAGAAGCACUGUCCCAGCUUUGAUGCACCUUUGAUAUUAUGUUAUUUUGCUUCCACUGGUCCAAUGGCAUCAUGAACUUUACCCAAUACCAAGACAUUUUUUGCCAGAAACCUGUUUGCCUCUGCCAGGAGGCUGAAACUUGGUCACAAGUGGAUCUUCCAGCAAUAAUGGAACUUGAACUGCAUUGAAUUAAAGAGGGCAGUCCAUAAGUGCAGACAAAGGAUAUUAAGGAUAUGGAAAGAUUCUGUAUGGAGGAAUGGUCUAAAAUCCCUCCCAAUGUGUUCUCCAAUCUCAUAAAACAUGUUAGAAAAAGGCUCAGUGUCAUUAACCUCACAAGGUGAGGUAUUGAAAGGUAUCGAAAACAGGUGCCAAUAAUUUUGAACACAUUCUUUUUGAGAUAAAAAAAAAAUUACUUUUUGAACAAAAUCUCAUUCUCUGAGCAAUUGUAUAAAAUUAUAUAAUUUCCCCAUUUUUUGGAGCACACAACAUAGCUCAGUAUUUGUAUUCUUUAUUUUAUAGUAUUUUUUUGCUAAUCUUUAUCAAGGGUGCCAAUAAUUUUGGACCUGACUGUACAUACCAUAUUCCUCAGCAGUCCUUAUUCAUGACCAAAAGUUUGAAAAUAUUGUGGCCCUUUGCAGAAGAAACUGAAAAUGGAGUCAGAUGAUGAUGAUGAUGACAGCGAUGAAGAUGACGAUGAUGAUGAGUAUGAAUCUUUUUUGUAUUUUAGAUUUGUUGCAUCAUAUAUCUUUGUUCAACUACCAUUAGAUAACCUGACAUACAUUUUCGUGUUCUAUUCUUUGUAGUGAUGAUGACGACGAUAGUGAUGAAGAUGAGGGUGAUGUGAAAGUACAGAAUGUUCCAGUGAAAUCAACUAUAAAGAAAGUAAGCCCUUUUUGUUCUCUCGCCUCAACAAAAAAAAUUACACUGGGUAUAGAUGAUGUACCUUAUAUGUCCACUAGGUGUCAUGUUAGACAAGGACUUGUCCAUGUAGCAGAGCAUGCCAAGAGGCUGCAUUCACAUAGGCAGCCCAAUUCUGAUCUUUUUCCCACUAAUUGGUCUUAAACCAAUCACAUCAGGUCUUUUCAUAUCAGAUCUUUUCAGAGCUGAUCUGAUUGGUCAAAAGACUAAUUAGUGAAAAAAAGAUCAGAAUUGGGCUGCCUGUCUAAACGCAGCCUUAGAUCAAAUAAAAUUGUAUUUGUCACAUGCGCCUAAUACAACAGGUGUAGACCUUAUAGUGAAAUGCUUACUUACAACCCUUAACCAACAAUGCAGUUUUAAGAAAGAAUACCAACAAAAAUCACACACAAAAUUACAAUAUAAAAUAAUACGAAAUAAAAGUAACAAAUCAUUAAAGAGCAGCAGUAAAAUAACAAUAGCGAGGCUAUAUACAGGGGGUAUCGGUACCAAGUCAAUGUGCAGGGGCACCGGUUAGUUGAGGUAAUAUGUACAUGUAGGUAGAGUUAGAUCCAACAAGUACUACUAUGUUGACAUUUUGCAGACAAGAGCGACUUACUGUAGUGAGUGCAUACAUUUUUGUACUUUUCAUACUGGUCCCCCGUGGGAAUCGAACCCACAACCCUGGUGUUGCAAGCGCCAUGCUCUACCAACUGAGCCACGCGGGACCAUCUUAGAUAGCUGGGAUUGGGACAUAUAGUAGGCAUAUUUUAUUUUAUAUAUAUUUUAUGGUCUUACAUCAAGUCUUAUUUGUGUACUGCAUAUCAGUGUCAACGACAAUUUUUAAAUGUUUUAUAGUUAUUGCAUGUUUGGUAAACUAGACAUGUUUUUAGCUCUUUCAUUUCUGCACCCGUUGACCUGCGGCCAUUUUUUCAUCUGGUUCCCUCUCGUACCCAUCUGGUUUUUCGAGACUAAAGCACAGGGUCUGCCGGGUAUAAUGAUCGGAUUUCUCCUCUGUAAUCUACCUGAGCACUCUGUGUUUCACCAGCACUGUGCAGAGCGAAACGCAUGCUAUAGUAGUAAAGACAACUCAAGAAAGGCAUGGGACUCCCCCCCCCCCCCCCCCCCUCUAUAUGGCACCUAGGCCUACAUGUCCUGUCCCUCAGUCCUCCCACCUUUCUCUUACGUUCCUCUCUUUAUCCUCUCUUUCUCUCUGAUACCCCCUUCUCUUGUUCAACAGUCCGUCAUUGCACCUGGCCUUUGUCUUUGAACAGUGUGUGUGUUCGCGUGUACAUGUGUGCCUGUGUGUGUGUAUCAUUGUGUGUGUGUGUGUGUGUGUGUCUGUUUGUGAUUUUAAAGGCAGCGUCCAAGUCUUAACUGUGCCAGACCGAGAGAGAUCAAAGCGGGGCAGAUGCACAUACCUGCGACAUGAGCACUGAUUCUAGCCCCAGAGCCAGACGACAGCUGAGCAUUUCUGUCACCUGUUGAUUUAUUCUGCUCCACACACAGCUCCCCUCCUCCGUUAAUUAUUUAUAUUUCUUCUACUUCCUCUUCUUUUCUUUGCUCUCUAUCUCUUUGUCAUGCUCAUACUGUAUUAUAGUGAUGAGCAGUGACAGUAUGGAUAUUACUAUGCUUCCUGGGUUGAAACCCAGAGGACAGAAAGCAUACUAAUUGCCCCCCUUUACUCCCCAACGACCUCCUUUACUGAUCUGACUGUAGUAGUGUAUAGACAGACAUAAAAGCAGACAGACAGGCAGACAGACAGUGAGAUAAAUGCUGUUCAAACUGAAGAGUAUUAAAAGUGCUGUGGUCUAUUUUGACAACAGCAACACUUUUUUUGCAGUGUCAACAUGUCAUCCUAAAUGAAACGAUUACUGGAAUUUGAUUUUCGGUUGUGUAUAGUGCUUCCUGCAUGUCUCCCAACUAAUUCUGUUGUCUCUUAGAGCCCGGAGCCUUUGGGGCAGAAGCCUAGAAGUGUGACAUGGGCGCAGAAUGGCUCACCAGGGAAACAAGGGGGACCAUUGGCUAAACCUCAAACCAAGGUAGGUCAACUUUUACAUCUGUUUAGGCCUCUUUAGGCCAACAUGAAGCCAGAGUAA